AUGGCUACAACUUUCGAUAGAGGUGUUCACCUUGGUGGUGAUGAUUACAACCAUGCUACUGAUUCUGACUAUAAAAGACUUCGCUCUCAAGCAGAUCAACUUUACCAGAAGAGACAAAAGCUUUCACUGCAGUCUCAACAGGCGUACAAAUCUGGCGACAAGCAAAAGGCGCACGAGCUUAGUGAGCAAGCGAAGAAAAUAUUGGCCGAGGCAGAAGGCUACAACAGACAGGCUGCAGAAUAUGUGUUCAGAGAAAACAAUGCGGAUAGUGCAGGUGAUGAGAUAGACUUGCAUGGAUUAUAUGUUAAGGAAGCUGAGUACAUCUUACAAAAUAGAUUGGUAGCUGCAAUUGGUAGCAAUCAAACACACCUUAAUGUGAUUGUUGGAAAGGGAUUACAUUCCCAGGGAGGGAUUGCUAAGUUGAAACCAGCCAUUGAUCAAUUAUGCGAUGAAUCUGGCUUAAGACAUAGAAUUGAUUCUAAAAACACUGGUGUGUUAAUUAUCGACUUACAAGGUGCUCAAUUGUCUCAAAUUCCUCACAAGUGGACAGUUCCAGGUAAUAACCAACAGCAACAGCAACCACAAUACCAACAACAACCACAUUAUCAACAACAGCCACAACAGCAACAACAGUAUAACAACAAUAACGAUUCAAACGGUUUGGUCGGAGUUUUGGUUAAACUUCUUUGCUCUUGUAUCAACUCAAAGUAA